CAUCCUGGACAGCUUCACCGAGAGCCGGGAGGUCGCGGAGCUCAUCGGGAACCUGAGGGAAGUGUUCGGGGAGCUGGUGACAAGGGAAAUGGCCGUGGAACGGUUCAUAGGCAUAAUGGACAAGUACCAGGAACAGCCUCACCUUUUGGAUCGCCACUUAGAGGGGAUGAUGAAUUCCUUGUUGGCAAUAAUACAGGACAGUGGAUCUCCUCCCCCACUAGUUCACUUGGCUUUUAAAUUUCUCUACAUCAUUGCAAAGGUGAGAGGGUACAAACGUUUCCUGUCACUGUUCCCUCAUGAAGUCCGGGACCUGCAGCCCGUUUUGGAUAUGCUUGCAAAGCAGAACCCAAGAGACCCUGAGACUUGGGAAACUCGCUACAUGCUGUUAUUGUGGCUGUCCAUGAUCUGCCUGAUCCCUUUUGAUCUGGCCCGUUUUGAUGGAAACCUCGUUUCUGUGGAAGGGCAGGCUCGGCAGCCAACAAUGGAUCGCAUCCUGGAAAUAGCAAAGUGUUACCUGGUUGUCAGUGACAAGGCUCGGGAUGCAGCUGCUGUGCUGGUGUCCAAGUUUAUUGUCCGCCCUGAUGUCAGGCAAAGCAGGAUGGCAGAUUUCCUGGACUGGGUGCUCUCCAUGUUAUCCAAAUCCUCCUCCCAGACCAUGGAGGGCACUGUCAUUCUCAACGGCAUGCUCCAGGCCCUGGCACAGCUGUUUAAACAUGGCAAGAGAGAAGACUGUUUACCAUACGCUGCUACUGUUCUCGAGUGUCUUGAUAACUGCAAGCUGUCAGAAAGCAAUCAGAUGGUUCUGCGCAAGCUGGGCAUGAAACUGGUCCAGCGACUUGGACUGACUUUUGUGAAACCAAAAGUAGCAAAGUGGAGGUACCAGCGUGGCCGUCGGUCUCUGGCUGCCAACCUGCAGGCUCAAGGGGCAGCUGUGCAGAACCAAAAGAGAGAAGUUGCUGCUGAUGAAGCUGGUGAUGAUGAUGAUGAUGAUGAGGAAUAUGACAUUCCAGGAGAGAUUGAAAACGUUGUAGAACAAUUGUUGGUUGGCCUGAAAGACAAAGACACCAUCGUCAGGUGGUCUGCAGCCAAAGGAAUUGGUAGAAUAACUGGAAGACUUCCAAAAGAAUUAGCAGAUGAUGUGAUUGGGUCUCUGUUGGACUGUUUUAGUUUCCAGGAAACAGACAACGCGUGGCACGGUGGGUGCCUGGCCCUGGCUGAGCUGGGCAGGAGAGGAUUGCUGCUCCCUUCCCGAAUUUCAGAUGUGGUUCCUGUGAUGCUGAAGGCGCUGACGUACGAUGAGAAGAGGGGGGCGUGCAGCGUGGGCUCCAACGUCAGGGACGCGGCGUGUUACGUGUGCUGGGCCUUCGCUCGUGCCUAUGAACCUGCUGAGCUCAUCCCCUUCAUCAACCACAUCUCAAGUGCACUGGUUAUUGCUGCAGUAUUUGAUCGUGAUGUUAAUUGCAGAAGAGCUGCUUCUGCUGCCUUCCAGGAGAAUGUUGGGAGACAGGGCACUUUUCCCCAUGGCAUCGACAUUCUCACUGCAGCUGAUUAUUUUGCUGUUGGGAACAGAGUUAACUGUUACUUGACUAUAAGUGUGUAUAUUGCUGGCUUUCCUGAGUAUACACAGCCAAUGAUUGAUCAUUUAGUUAACAUGAAGAUUAACCAUUGGGAUAGUGUUAUUCGAGAACUUUCAACCAAAGCUCUGCAUAACAUCACUCCCCAGGCCCCCGAGUACAUGGCAAACGUGGUUUUGCCAAGACUUCUGCCUUUAUCAGUGGGCUCAGAUCUGCACACACGCCAUGGGGCAAUCCUUGCCUGUGCUGAGAUCACCCAUGCUCUGUGUAAACUGGCACAAGAGAAUAAUAGAUCUGUAACGUACUAUUUCAGUGAAAAAACAUUGGAGGGACUCAAGCAAAUUCACCAAGAGCUUUGCAGUCGUCAGUUGUACAGGGGUUUAGGAGGAGAACUGAUGAGACCGGCUGUCUGCACUUUAAUUGAAAAGUUGUCGCUAUCAAAAAUGCCAUUUAGAGGAGAUCCAAUCAUCGGAGGUUGGCAGUGGUUAAUAAAUGACAGUCUAAGACAUCUCACUCUUGUUUCCAGUGCUGCACGACAGCAUAUAAAGGAGUCUGCAGUGUCUGCUCUGGCCGCGCUGUGCAAUGAAUUUUACAUCAACGAGAGGGGAGAAGCUGAUCCAGCUCUGCAGGAUGAGCUGGUGACACAGUACAUUUCAGAACUACAAAAUGCAGAGGAAAUGAUUCGUUGUGGCUUUUCACGAGCUCUUGGGGCCCUUCCAAGAUUUGUGCUGAAGGGCAGGCUCCAACAGGUUUUGGAAGGUUUAAAAAAAGUUACAAUAAUUUCCCCUGAAGACGUGAGCUUUGCUGAAUCCAGGAGAGAUGCCUUAAUAGCAAUUGCAAAGGUUUGCCAGACAAUGGGUGUGAAGGGAGAUGGAUCCCAGCAGGAAUAUGUCUGCAGGGAUAACGUUGAUCACAUUUAUGCCACGCUGCUCACCGGUGUGACCGACUACACCACCGACAGCCGGGGUGAUGUUGGAGGAUGGGUGCGUGAAGCUGCCAUGACCAGCUUGAUGGAGGUGACGCUGCUGCUGGUGCAGAACGAGGCAGAGCUAAUUAAUGCCAGCAUCUGCAAGCAGAUUAUGUGCUGGCUGGCUCAACAGUCAGCUGAAAAAAUAGAUAAAUUCCGAGCUCAUGCAGGAUCUGUGUUCCUUACCCUUUUGCACUUUGACCAUCCUCCAGUUCCACACAUCCCUCAUCGAGAAGAGCUAGAGAGGAUAUUUCCAAGGUCGGAGAAGGAGACGCUGAACUGGAACGCGGCAUCGGAAGCUUUCCCUCGGAUCACGCAGCUCCUGGGGCUGCCAGCCUACCAGUACUACGUGCUGCUGGGGCUCUCUGUGUCUGUGGGGGGCCUGACAGAGACCACGCUCAGAUACUCUGCCCAGAGCCUGUUUGACUACAUGAAGAAAAUCCAGAGUGACCCCAGUGCUUUGGAGAGUUUUUGUGAGACGCUGCUCAAGGUCUUUGAGGACAACCUGCGGAAUGACCGGGUGUCUGUACCUCUGCUGACAAUGCUGGACCAGAUGCUGGCCAAUGGCUGUUUUGAUAUGUUCACUGAGCAGGAGAACCAUCCCUUCCCAGUGAAGCUGUUCACCCUCUGUAAAGAAGAGAUCAAAAGGUCCAAAGACAUCCGGAAGCUUCGCUCCAGCAUAGGAGUAUUUUGUGGCCUGAUUCAAUUUCAAGGAGACAUGAGAGAGAAAGUUUUCUUCCAGUUGUUCCUCCUCCUUUGCCAUCCCUUUCCUAUCAUCCGGAAGACGACGGCGAGCCAGGUGUAUGAGAUGCUGCUCACCUACAGCGACGUGGUGGACCCAGCCAUCGUGGAGCAGGCCAUGGGCAUCCUCAGUGACACCAACUGGGAAGCAGAGCUGCCCGUGGUGAGGGAGAGACGAAACUGCCUCUGUGACCUGCUGCAAGUGCCCCGACCCCAGCUGGUGACCAAGAGCUCAGCAUGAGGAGGAGCCCUGGCUGCUGGGCUGUCCUGGAGCUCGUGGUUCCUGUGCUGCCAGGAUGGGAAGAGGCUGAGCUGUGGCUGGAUCCCCACAUGCUGGAUCUCAGCAGAGCUGCACAGGACCCUGCACUGCUGCACAGGAGAGGCAGAGCCUGUCUGAAAGCACAGAUGUGCCACAGGAAGACAACCAAAAUUCCAUGUUUUCAAUUUUUAAUGUUGCUGUCUGGCAGGUUCUUGUCAUGCUCUGUCACACUGACCUGUCUGGUUUGGUGUCAGUGGUUUGUGACUGAACGAAGCCUGUGCUUCUACACACACCAAGAAUUAAACCUGACCUGCUGCACUGGUCUCUUCAAGAUUUAUUUUUCAGAGUGAGAAUGGCAACACUCAGUGAUGCUGAAAUCACCCUGAGCAUCAAGUGUCUCUGUGGAAAAGUCUGUCAUUCCUAUGUCACAGUCAAACAAAAACCCCAGGUUUCACUUCAGCUGAUGUCAAAGCCUCUCCUACCAGCUCGUUAUGUAACUGAUUCAGGCAAAUUGUUUUUGUGGUACACUCAGUUUUGAAGCAGGUGACUCAGUUCUUCAAGCAGCUGCCAGGAAUCCAGCUCAUUUCUUACCCCUUACGAAAUGAAAUAGCUUCAAAAUUGAUCUUUAGUGAGGUCAGUGGGAUGGGGAGGUCAAAUGCACAGGCCACAUCAUAUUGUAAUUACACUGUUAUUUUAUGGCUGUAAUUAAAUCCCACUAUCCCAACA